AUGGCUUCGUCGCGAAUCACACAAGACGAGUUUGAGAGUGCGAUUCGUGGCUUCGAUGCCUUGUUUUCGAAUGAUCUCGACGGUGCUACGCAUGUUUUUCGUUCCAAUGCAUCGCCACUUCAUUUACUCGGACUUGGCGCAACUGUCUUUCUCCAGGCGGCGCUCGGACUCGAAGCAAAUUUCAUCAAACAGGCCGCAGACCUCCUUUCACAGGCGGAGAGUGCGAUCAGCCAGCGACGAAAGGCCGCCAAAUCCCUUGCAUCUUCGUCUGUCGGUAAAUCCAAGGAGAAUGUGAUUCGGUUUCCGGUUGGGACGGAGUGGGAUAUCUUGCAUGCGGAUGUCGUCGUCCUUCAGGGUAUGGUUCAUACUCUCUCGGAAUCAUACUAUGGAUACUUGCAAGCCCUGUAUGCGCUGAAUUCUGCGCAUUCAAAGUUUGUCAAGCUUCAAAAGAACAUCUUCCCGCGUGGGUUUGAUGGGCAUAAACCAUUCAUUGCAACAACAAUGAAGCAAUCACCUGAUUCUUCAUCCCCGUCUACAUCUGCAAUCACAUCCGCACCAACACCGUCUCGGCCGUCUCUGCCCAAAGCAAAAUCGGCUCCGGCUGCCAGUGGAUUGUUCACGAGAUUGGUCGGUACGCAAGAAAAGACAAUAACCUCGACCUCGUCAAGCUCUCAAGGGGUUGUGGAAGAGCAGCCCCCAAAUGGAUACAUAGAAGAGCUAGUUGUUUGUGGCGCUGCCUUUGGAUUUGGACUGUUCAACCUCAUUUUCAGCUUUCUUCCGGCAAAGGCACGUGGACUUGCUGGGAUACUAGGAUACAAGGCAGAUCGUGCCCUUGCCCUACGCUCCUUGGCCGUCUCAGCCGCUGCUUCUUCAACAGACCCUCAUGCAGUCUUUUCUGGGAACCAGCGGGUUUAUGCAGUCGACUCACUUCUCGUUUUCGAACUCGCGUGGAUAUUACUCGCACAGGCACGAUACAAAGAAGCUGCCGAAGCCUUUCUCAGAAUGCUACACGUUAGCUCAUGGUCUCCUGCAACGUACACGAUGCUGGCUGCAGGAUGUUUCCUACUGGCUGGAGGAAAGGAUGAUGCACAACUUCUUCUCGAUCAAAUGCCCCUGAACAAGUCAGACAAGAAGGGCCCUGGUGGGCCGUUGCCCACUGAGGCCUAUAUAAGUUAUAAGAUGACAACGUGGAAGGAAAAGGCAACCAGACAGAAAGGUGAAACUCGACUUGUGGACGUUAUCGGCGUUAGUCCUGUAGACGAAAUGGCCAUAAUGUGGAAUAAUCAUCAUCGAGCUGAUAAGUCGGUGAUAACUGAGAAAAUCGGAUACCUUUCGAGCUUGCAACCACCACCAAGCAUACAGACGUUGUCGACAGGCGAAUCAUCACAGGUCCAGCUAGACGGAGAGGAGCUGGCCUCGCGUAGCUUGCUUCUCGGUGUUUUCCAUGGGAGUCUCGGGGCAUUCUCUACUGCUCGCCACUUCCUGGAAGAAGCGACAGCAACGCACGUAGACGGACCCAACAGCUGGGUCGCUCCCACUGCGAUAUACGAACAAGCGAUCCUAGAUCUACAGGAAACAGAAACACAGGUAUCACAACUAGAGAGUAACGAUCCCGCUCGUCGGGAGCGAUGGAAGACGACAUUCGACCGCGUGAUCCCGAGGCUAGAACGCGCGACAGCUCUCGCAUCCAACUCGACGAAUCUAGCCGCGAGAAUUGAGAGCAGAGUAGGGAUGCUAAAGGACGAAAUUGCGAGCAAGCGAAUAGCGCUGGGCAUCUAG